AUGAACAUAAUAAAUAGAAUAUAUUUAAAGCAAUAUUUGCCAGGCAUAUUUGUAUGGAACGUGAAACAUUUGUCCCAAUGUUUGCCGAAGGUGUACGGUUCAGAGGAGGUACAUCGCACGCACAUGCUAAACGGCGUGAGGGUCGCCGCGGCGCAGUCGCUCGGAGCCCAGCUCAGUGCAUGUACUAUUAUGUUCCAGGCAGGGUCCCGUCUCGAGCGCGACAACCAGCUUGGUGCUAGUCAUUUCGUACGCGCGAUGUCGGGUUGCUCGGGGCACGCGUACUCGCUGGUGGGCAAAGCCCGCGUGUUGCAGCAGCGCGGCUGCUACCUCACCUGCUCCAGCGACCGCCAGACCCUCGCCUUCACGCUGCGCUGCCCGUUCCCCCACUUUCACGACCUCAAGUACUUCCUCGUCGAUACCGCCACCAGGUGUUGUUUCCACGAAUGGGAGGUAUCCGAUAUAAAGCCAUUCAUCAAAGAUAACUUGCUGCGUAUGAGCUCGGAGCAACGCGCACUGGACUUGGUGCAGAAGGCGUUCUGGGCGGGCCCGCUGCAUCAGUCCAUCUUCUGCGAUGAGGCCAGGGUUGAUAGCAUGAGCUCCGCUAACCUCAAGGAUUUUGUGACUAACUUCACUCCGAGCAACUGCAUCGUCACCAGCUGCGGCAUACCAUUCGAGGACACACUGAAGUUGGCUGAGGGUCUUCAUCUACAGUGUGUGCAUGACGUAUGCUGUGAACAAGAGCACAUGUUCUCGUUCCCUCGCGGCGGCUACGAAUGGCACGAUCUCGGGUCCGGCAGUGACACCUGCGUAGCCGCCGCGCUACUUGGUUGCGGCACGCAAGACUUGUGCUGUCUCAUGAAGCAUUCGAUCCUAGCUGCGACGUGGGAUGUUUUGUUCGCUCAUCUGCGUGAGGGCGCGCUUGACCGCAUCGUGCGCGAUCAGACUCCUCUCGGUUGUCAGACCGACGAGCUCUACCCCACCUACAAGCCUUUCAGCAUCUCUUAUAUGGAGACUGGUGUAUUUGGAGUACUUGCAAAAAGUCAUUCGUCUAAUGCCAACAAAGUGGCAAACACAGCAGCGCAACUGUUGGCCAACAUGGACAAACUUAGUGUCGAACAUAUCGACUACGGCAAGAAGCGACUUAAAUUAAAUCUAUCUAUAAAUGAAGAAAACUGUAUUAAUAUCUCUGAAAGUCUCGGGCUCCAAAUGGCUAGCAAAGUACAUAUCGACGGUCCGUUGAAUGCUUAUUAUGUCAUAGAUUCCAUUCCCAAUGAAGAGGUGUUACAGCUGGCUAAAGAUAUUGUAAGCAGAAAAAGUGACAUGGCUUUUGCAGUUGUUGGUGAUGUCGAUGCGGUUUCUCAUGAAGAUUUAUAUGACAACUUACGCUGA